UCUUUAAAAUGUUAAAAAUCUUACGAUUUUACGAUUCAAAUGUUUGGGUCAGUUUUACUUAUUUUCCCUAGAAUUUGCAAAAUUACGCAUCUUUUUCUUCUCCACCAACACCGUCUAGUUCUCUCACACUAACCACCAUCGACCAUACAUCAAUGCAUUAAUCAUAAAAAGAAAUAUUUGAAAUUAUGUAAAUAAUAAUAAUAUAUGGAUGAUCAUUGAUCAUAUUAGAUAUAUACAUUAUAUGCACAAUUGGGUUUUUUCCAAGGCAAGCCCAAAGAGCAUGGGACAAAGACUUGACACGAUUACAAGACCGACUCAAACCCUAUGCGUUAGUCCGUAUGCAACCAGACUACCGAUUAAAGAGCCUGUUAAGCCACUAUUUGGGAAGCUCUGAAGAAGUUCUUAGGAGCAAAGACACGACACACGAGGGAAAAAACAAAAAUCCAACAAAAAGCUCUUAGUUUCCUUCGACGGAAUAUGUCAGAUGACCAGUAUCGAGAUGUCACAAAAAGCCAUAACAAAGAAAAGAAAAAGACAUUAGCAAUCUUUGAGAGAACAUACUUAAUUAUUCUCAUAAAUUUGUAAAAUUGAAUAAAAUCGAACUAUCAUUUGAUAGAUCGAUGAAAUUUAUUGCACUUCCUUCAGUUACUUUUUUACCAUAUGAGCCCCUGCAAGAUGUCCAACCAAAAAAACACGACUAUGGUGCUAGAAAUCUCUAUCACAAGAGAUUAAAUCUUGCCCUUGAAGCAAAGUUGAUCUUAUCAAAAAUGCACCACCAACAGUAUUAUUCACCUCUUGUAAGUGCAGUACGCUCACUAUUAAUGACCGUUGUCCAACAUUAGAAAAAUUAAAUCAUACUUUUAGCAUAGUUGGGUGUUGUAAUCCAUCAUCCCAUUUAAAUUUCAUUUUCAUUGCUUAUUAUCUCUCAAUUCAUGUAUAUUGAUGGUAGGUAAAUGUGGACGGAGCUUCUAAUGAUGCUCAAGGUUAUGCAGGAAUAGGGGGAGUGCUUCGAGAUGAGAAUAGAAAUUGGAUGGGAGGCUUUGUCGCUAACCUCGGGUCGUGUCCAGCAGCCAUGGCGGAGAUUUGGGAGAUUUAUCACGGGCUUAAAGUGGCAUAGAAGCUCGGCCACAGAGUAAUCUUGUUGGAAUCUGACUCACAGACAGCGAUCUAGCUUAUCAAUCACAGAUCGGACCCUCAUCACCCAUAUGCGACUCUGCUUUCAGCUAUCAGACGUUUGAUGUCUCAGGACUGGGUAGUGAAACUAGUGCAUACAUACCGGGAAGGGAAUAGAGUCGCAGAGUGGCUCUCGAAGCACAGUCUCGUCUAUCCCUACGAGUUGUAUGAACUAGAGGCACCACCCCAUGACUUGAUCACCCUGCUUGAAGAUGACAGUAGGGGAACUACUCUUCCCAGAGAUGUGGUAGUGACCACUCCCCCCUUCUCUUCUUAAUUUUGGCCCCGUAACCUCUCUUUUGGCGUUACGCCUCCACUGAUGCAAAAAAAAAAUGUAUAUUGAUGGUAGGUAUGUAGAGAGAAUGCGAAGUGUGUGGAGUUAUAAAUAGAGUUUCUUCUUGUACUAACGCGGUCGAGAGAUCAGGUGAAAAUAGAAGCGCGGCCUCAGGGAGGUCACCGUUCAGAUUCGUGGUUCCAGGGUGGGCUUGAUGGUCCGUUGUAGUUUGGUUUGGGUUCAAGGUUGUUGGGCCGGUUCCAUCAUGGCCCGUUAUAGUUUUUAGUAAAUGAAUAAUUAGGCAGACACUGCACAACUCAACUCACGACCCAGAGCUGCGUCGUUUUAUGAAACGGUCUCAAAGUCGAGGACAUGUCGUUCCGAGUUCCGACUACCGAGUAUCCGAUUUUUGGCGAUUGACGAAACACGUGACUGACAGACCAAAUUCCCGACUCCGAUACUUCGGCAGGGCAGGGGGAGGGUUCGUUUCUCAACCGCCGAGCAAUAAGAGAAGAAGAAGCUUGAAAAGCAAAAUCAAGGUCGAAGCACUGGAAGACAUGGUGGCGAUUUCGCUUUACAGGGGGAAUCUCCACCGAGUCCCCGAUGCCCCUCGUCGAUGGCUGAUGCCCACCCGAAACCUCUCUCUCAGGGACUUCAAAUCCCUCCUCAACCGUCGCUCCAGGGCUCUCUCUCACCUCCGCUCCUCCUCCACUGUCCUUGUCGCCGCCGGUACUACCUCUAACCCUAACCCUGACCUUACCAUUUCUACCAAACACGAUUCCAAGGAAGCUGGGGAUCCUAUUACGCCUCAGUUGAAGGAGAUGAAAGCUGUUGAUGAUACGAAUCAUCGUGGCGAUGAGGAAGAAGGGCCUUCCGGGAGGGUUGGAGAAGGUGCUGAAGAGGACCGGGGCUUGUUGAAUGGUGGAGAUUGCUCGAUGAAGCUGGAUGAUGCGCCUGUUGAGAAUCCUGAAGUAGCUGAGAAAUGCCGAGUUGAGGUUGUUAAUGGUGAUGGAGAUUUGCAGGCUUUGUUCGCCGUGAAGCUGGAAGAAUCGGCUGAACCUAGUGCGGAGGAAAACAAAAAACCUGAGCUGUCAGGUGAAAAGGCAAAAAGGAAGAAAGAGGUUGAGGAGAAGUUGGAAAUUUUGAAUGCAAAGAAGCAUAAUCUAGUGCAACUUCUGAAGCAGCUAUUAAAUGCCGAGGACGAGCUAAAGAGACGAAGCACUGUGCAGACGAUGACAACUCGUCCGUCUGGUCCGCUUCAAGUAGACGUCACAAAUGAUUCUGGGUCAAUGAUCAGACAAGUCACUCCUAGGAUGGGGUCAGAGGCUAAUCUUGGUGCAGAUAUGGAAGAAGCUGAAACUGAAGAUGUUUCAAAUCAAAAUGUUCAUUCUCGUAAUUUACAAAGAAUGAGCAGUACUUCUCCAUGUUCAGAGUCUCCCCUUAGAAGACCUACCCACAAUGCGGUUCCACCCUUCCCAUCGCGAACAAGUUUGGGAGCCAGCCCAUCACGGUUUGCACCAACAGGGCAACAAAAUCAUCCAGCAAACGCACCACCCACAAUAUCCAUAUCUGGGACAAAUUACGCUCCAUCUUCUCCUUCUCCCAUAGCAUCUGGUGGCACCUCAGCAUUUCGGGAUGCUCGCCAACCUAGCCCUUGGAACUAGAUCUAUCUCGACAUCUUAGCUCUUUAUGCAUGAACUGCUGGAAUUCUGAGUCUUUAGCAGUUAUCCAGGUAACUACAAUGUUUCAUCCUCCUUGGCUGAUUCUCAUCCUGUAGCACUAGAACUUCUGGUGGUACUAUUGAUACACAGCCCAUUCAGGGGCCUUGUUUUCCAGCCAGUCUUCUUGAGGUAGACAACUAGAUAUCCAACAAUCAUCAGGUUUGUCUCCUCUCCUCGUCAUCAUUCUUCCAUGUAUAUCAAUUUAACCUGUAUUCAUUAAUUCCAUUCAUAAAAUCAUUGAUGUUGUCAACUGCAGUGCUAAAUAUUUGUAGUACUGAAACCCAUUUGAGUAUAUUUGUGCACCUUGUGUUGUAGCUAGCUGUGAUAGGUAAUACUCGUCUGUGGUUGCUCCUGUAAACAACAUUGACGAGAGAUGUGCACACUCUUGUUAUUCAUUGAUGAACCAUCACUGUGGUGGUUUAAUAUUCUUGCACAAUGAAAUUGUUGCGGUUUC